AAAUGUUUGAUGAAAAGAUAAAGUAUUUCUUUGGAGUUUUUGGUAAUAAGCCACCUUAUUCCACUGAAUCACCUGCGCCCUGCUACUGUAGUUGUGGAUUACGGAAUGAAGAAAGUCGUAUAGUUGGAGGUCAAACGACGAGUAUGAAUGAAUUUCCAUGGAUGGCUAGAUUAUCGUACCUAAACAAAUUUUACUGCGGUGGUACACUUAUAAACGAUCGUUACGUUCUCACAGCCGCACACUGCGUGAAGGGAUUCAUGUGGUUCAUGAUCAGAGUUACUUUCGGGGAACACGACAGAUGUAUCGAGAAAUCACCGGAAACCAGAUACGUAGUGCGCGUUAUGACUGGUGACUUUAGCUUUCUGAAUUUUGAAAAUGAUAUCGCGCUGCUUCGUCUUAAUGAAAGAGUGCCGUUGAGCGAUACAAUAAGGCCCAUAUGUUUACCAACAAUGUUAGAAAACGAAUAUGUAGAGGCAAAAGCAAUUGUAUCAGGUUGGGGUACAUUGAAAGAGGAUGGCAAACCGUCCUGCCUUCUCCAGGAAGUAGAAGUUCCAGUCAUGAGUCUUCAGGCUUGUCGCAAUACCAGCUACAGUGCCCGAAUGAUUUCAGAAAAUAUGCUAUGCGCAGGUUAUCUUGAAGGACAAAAAGAUUCAUGUCAGGGAGAUAGUGGUGGUCCUCUAAUAACGGAGCGAGAAGAUAAAAAAUAUGAACUCAUCGGUGUGGUGUCCUGGGGUAAUGGAUGCGCAAGACCUGGUUACCCAGGUGUAUAUACAAGAGUUACACGAUAUAUGGAUUGGAUUUUGAAAAAUUCAAAAGAUGGCUGUUUCUGUGAACAUAAUUGA